GUGCCAUUGAUCAACUUGACCUCGAAACUUUCCCAGAAUUUUAGCUUUACACCACACUGAACAUCCAACAGCACUAUUAGGCCCAUUCAUCCUAUUUUCUACGGCAGCACGACGAGACGAAAUACAUCCAGCUAAGAGUGGUAGUCACCCUCAACUUAACCAUCAUCAACCGUUCACAAUGUCGAACCUCAAACGCCCAGCGGAAGAGGCCUUCGACGCCGUGGACUCGCCAGCUUCGAAGAAGUCAAGAAACGAUGAUUACAACAAAAGUCUCACUCCAGCAAGCGCGAUCGAGAAUGGUGCCGAAACACGCGAAGGAUCAAAUGAGGAGAAGGCGGAACAGACCAAUGGCGAAAACAACAACAACGAAGUAAAAGACGAGGAGGAUGACGACCUGGAGGCCGGCGAGGAGGUUGAGGAGAAAGCGCCAAUCCGACAAGCCGCCCCAACAGAAGGCUACGACGACCUCUACCUCGACACAAUCGACCGCAACGUUCUCGACUUUGACUUCGAGAAGCUAUGUUCCAUCAGUCUCUCCAACAUCAACGUGUACGCGUGCCUCGUAUGCGGCAAGUACUUCCAGGGUCGCGGGCCCAAGUCGCACGCCUACUUCCACGCGCUCGACGAGGGCCACCACGUGUACAUCAACAUGAGCACCCAAAAGGUCUACGUGCUACCGGAGGGCUACGAAGUCAAGUCCAAAUCGCUCGACGACAUCAAGUACGUCUCGGACCCGCGCUACACGCGCCAGGAGGUGCUGGACCUGGACCGCAAGCCGCACGUGUCGCGCACGCUCGCGGGGAAGGAAUAUACGCCGGGGUUCGUGGGCAUGAACAACAUCAAGGAGAACGACUACCUGAACGUGAUCGUGCAAGCUUUAUCACACGUCUCCCCCCUGCGCAACUUCUUCCUGCUCGAAGACUUCUCCAACGCGCCCGAACUAGUCAAGCGCACCUCGAUUCUCUUCCGCAAGAUCUGGAACCCGCGCGCCUUCAAGUCGCACGUCUCCCCCCACGAGCUCCUCCAGGAAAUCUCCCUCCGCUCCAACAAAAAGUUCACCCUCACGCAACAAUCCGACCCGGUCGAGUUCCUCUCCUGGUUCCUCAACCACCUCCACCUCGGGCUCGGCGGCUCCAAGUCCAAACCGCACUCCUCCGUCAUCCAGCACAUCUUCCAGGGAAAACUCAAAGUCGAAUCGCAAGCCAUCACCGCGCGCGCCGACCAAGUGCACGACCGACUACGCUUCGAAGAAGCCGCCGACGUGCAGUCCUCUACCAACCGCUUCCUACUUUUGACUUUAGACCUGCCCCCCGCGCCCCUGUUCCAAGACGAACAAGAACGCAACAUCAUCCCGCAAGUGCCCCUGACCACGAUCCUGGCCAAGUACAACGGCGUGACCGCCCAAGAACUCAACGCGCAGCGCAAGCGGUACCGACUUCAACACCCCCUGCCCCCCUUUCUGGUGUUCCACAUCAAAAGGUUCAGCAAGAACAAGUUCGUCUCCGAAAGAAACCCGACGAUCGUUACUUUUGACGCGCGCAACCUGGACGUUAGCCCUUACGUGGAGCCGGAUCCGAAUUCCCAUCAACACGGGGAGCCGAUCUGGUAUGAUCUGGUAGCGAACGUGGUGCAUGAGGCGGUUAGAAACAAGGAGGACGUGGCGGAUAGUGUGGGGGAGGAGAGGAAGACGUGGAAGGUGCAGUUGAGGGAUAAGGCGACGGAUGAGUGGGUGGUGGCGCAGGAUUUGUUUGUGGAUAAGGUGCGGAGCGAGUUGUUGUAUUUGAGUGAGAGUUAUUUGCAGAUUUGGGAGAGGAGGAGGGAACCUCCUCCGGGCAAGGGGAAGGGGAAGGCGUGAUGAU